UGCGCGGCUGUAUCAGGAGAAUAAGUCUCCUUCUCUCCCUUCACCAUGUCCCAGGAGAAGAGUCCAGUUGCGCCCAAAAAGAGUUCUGAAAACGCCGUCAGCAAUGAUGAAACAAUUUCUGUUAAUCCAUGCAAAACUCCUAUCCAGAUGCUUCAUGAAUUUGGGACAGAGAAUGGAAAUCCCCCAUUGUAUACAAUGGAGAAUGCAGAGGGACAAGCACAUGAGCCAUAUUUCACGUUUCGUGUUGUUAUAGGUGACAUAUCCUGUUCAGGAGAAGGUCCUAGCAAGAAAAUGGCAAAACAUAAAGCAGCAGAAGCAGCCCUGAAAUUAAUAAAAGGAAACACAAAUGUCUGCUCGCCUGUGACUGAAACUGCUGGCAACCCCAGGCAGCUAUCAAAUCAGAACCAAGUUAAUUCCGUUGGUGCAUUGCAGGAACUUACUAUACAGAAAGGAUGGAGAUUUCCAGAAUAUAUACUGUCACAAGAAUCUGGACCUCCUCACAAGAGGGAGUUUACCAUGACUUGCAGGUUGGAGUCUUUUGCAGAAACUGGAUCUGGCACAUCUAAAAAAGAGGCAAAAUAAAUUGCUGCAGAGAAGUUACUUGCCAUAUUCCAAAAUAUUACUUCAGAUAACUUGAAUAUUUCAUUGGAAAAGUUGAUUGGAAACAACCUUGGGUGCACAUGGGAUCAUCUUAAAAAUUCAACUGGAGAGAAAAUAAGUUUGCUAAAAAGAAGCCCACUCAGUAUUCCCAACACGGACUAUGUCAAGAUGCUUGGUGAAGUAGCAGAGGAGCAAGAAUUUAAUGUUAAAUACUUGGAUAUAGAGGAACUGAGCAUUAAUGGACAAUACCAGUGUCUUGCUGAACUAUCUUCAAAUCCUGUUACUGUCUGUCAUGGGACUGGGAUCUCUUGUGGUAAUGCUCACAAUGAUGCUGCUCAUAAUGCACUUCAAUAUUUAAAAGUUGUGGCAGGUCGGAAUUAAAGUAUGAAUUUACUAUUAUCGCCAAAAAGAAUGACUUAUACUGUUAUCGAAAAUGAAAUAACCACGGGUUCUGAUUUGGGAUUUCUCUGUUGAACUUGCUUCAAACUUUGACUCCCGAAAACACCUAAAAAUUGGAAGGAAAAUGUUGUGUUUUUUGUUGU